GGAAAGUUGUGGAAAAAAUGGAAAGAACAUUGUCAAGCUGUUUUCACUCUGAGCCAUGGUGACAGUAAAAUGGAUACCACAAAAGAGUGUUUAGAAACACUUCCAGCCAUAGUUGCUUGUAAAAUUUUAUCCUAUCUAGACUGGAGGGAAAAGUUGUCCUUCUGUAAAAAUGUUGUUCCAGACUGGACACAGCAUCUGUAUUCAUCUAAUUCAUGGACAAACUUUAUAUUUAGAGAAAAUAUCUUAGGUCUGGAAAAUAAUGGUGGAAUGGGAGUAGAAAAUUAUUAUGAGGAAAUACCCACAUACAGUGAUGAGAAAAAUCUAAUUUUAGAAUUUGGAAAAUAUUUUCAAAGUUGUCUCAUUGAUUUUGAAACUAGUGGAGGUCUUCAGAUUUUCAAUGAAAUUGGUGAGCAUGCAGUGAAUUUAAAAUACAUCCAAAUUUUUCAUUCUCCUGUAUUGUUUUAUUGUCCGCCUGCAAUUUUAGAAUAUUAUUACAGUUGUCUUGGAAAGCUUGUAUCAAACUGUAAAAAACUCCAUCAUUUGAGCAUGUGUCGUCUAGAUGAAUUAUCUGCAGAUGAAGUUGAGAUGAAAGGUUACUUUUUUAGUCGUAUCAUUGACAUAGGGAUUAUAGAACAGAUAACUGGUUUGGAUUUUAGUAUGGAUUCUUCCUAUGUUACUCCAAUUAAUAUAUUGACUCACUUUAAAAAUCUACGAACCCUGAAGACAACUUUCUGUACAGUUACAACAGACAUAGUGCGAUGUCUAGGAAAACAAAAUCUGAAGGAACUGUACCUAGUGAAAGACAAUCGUAAAGUUGGCAGAGAUUUCCUAGAAAUAGCAUGGGAAUCCCUUGCUGUACAAGACAAUAUAAAACUUGAUGUACAUUUCAUAUUUCAAGACACAAGAAUUUAUGUAAAAGAUUUUCCGCCAAACCCGUUUGUGAAAUCAAUAGUUUUCAACAGAAUGGUUGGAAGUGUGUCAAGAGACAUUCUCCGAGCUAUUGCAGCUUACUAUGGACAAACAUUGGAAACAUAUGCUCACUUUUCAAUGAAGUAUGUGACACUCCACCCUUAUGAAGAUAUGGAGAGUUUGCCUUGUGAUUACUAUUACUUUGCCAGUCAGUGUGUCAAACUUCAAACAUUCAUUUCAAGUGUGCCUUUACCGUCAGAAGCUGUGUGGUGUUUAGCUAUGAAAGGAAACUGUCUUAAAUCUCUAUGUGUAACGGGGAAUAAUUUGUUAUUCAAUUAUAAUGUUUGCCUACCAUUCCCUGCUUCCAUGAAGAGAGGGGGUAUGACAAAGGAGUUUCUGUCCUCGGAAGUAUCAUCGUUCCUUGGUCUUAACUGGACUUUCCUAUCUGAAGAUGAGAUGCUUGAAAAGAAAGCUUCUUUGCUACAUGCAUGUUAAAAUGUCUGUGAUCUUUUGUGUAUUAUACAAAUAAAAAUAUAGUAAAUAUA